GGCGUAAAGCGCUUGUUAGCCAGUAGAGCUGGGGAGUCUCAAAGUAUAGUGGCAUGCUGCAUAACAGCAUAUGGCUGUGUACGACCGUGGACUUCCAUGUACAAGCACUAGGAAGGAAGUCAUCUUACCGGCUUCACUUUUUGCACUUAAUAUUCACUGUUUAUCAGGCAUGAGGCUUAGGUGUUUCCAGCCAACAUCUAGGCAUCUACAUGUCAAUCAAGGGCGAGCAGCUUUUCGACCACGGGGGCGUGUCGUUAGUGUUGCGCUGUGUGCACCAUCACCGCAAUUAUACUCGCUUGAAGAUGCGUAUCAGCCAGGAGCACCAGCUCCCCGCGAGUAUCAGGGACCGGUGCAAGUCGUCGACAUCCCCGGUCGUGGUCAGGGAAUCGUCGCGACGGCAGACCUUCAGCCCGGCCAGCUUGUACUGGUAUCCGAGCCAAUUGCUUUAGUAAAAUGCCCUAUGGGCAGCAUUCCGUCGCCGGAGGAGCUGGUGAGCGCGAUUUAUUCAUCUGAAUUGAGCCCUGAAAAACUGAGGGCCCUUUCUUCGCUGUAUUCGGGCAACGAUGACGACGAAGCCGACGACGAAGGCCGUGAACGGGAACUGGACGACGACAAGCUUUAUGGCAUAAUAGCUGCAGGCUGCAAUGCCUUUGGUGAGGAGCACACGGACUUCCCCUCUCACCUCGCGCGCUCUGGCAGCCUUCAAGCGGAAUCCAUUCACAGCAGCAACCAAAGCGGCGGCGCCAACGUUGACGAUAUCAGCACUGCCAGCGCCUGUGAGGAUGCUGCUGCGGGGCAGCUCGGCCAUCUGGGUCUGUUCCCCUCCUUCAGCCGCCUUAACCACUCCUGCCUGCCCAACGCGGUUAACUUCCUGGUCGGGGGGAGCAUGGCGGUGGUGGCGGCCAAGCAGGUGCCUCAGGGCGGCGAGGUGCUGAUUAACUACCUGGGUCGCGCCUCUUUGCGCCCCGUGGCUGAGCGGCAGGCGGCGCUAGCUGCGGGCUACCUCUUCUCCUGCGACUGCCCGCGCUGCCGGACUGAGAUGCUGUGUGAAUGCGGGGAGAGCGGCAGCAGUAACAGUAACAGCAGCGGCGGUGGAGGCAGCGGCGGGAAGGGUGCUGCGAACGGCUUUGCGGAGGGCGUGCAGGGCAUCCUGGGUCGUUGUGAGGAGCGCUGGCAGACACUGCAGGAACAUGAACAUGAACAGGAACAGGAACAGGAGCGGGAGCAGGAGCGGGCGGCGCCAAGCAGUAGCAGCAGUAGCAGCUCUUCAUCGUCGUCCAGCAUGCCGUCCUGUAGAGGUAGAGCCUCUCAAGCACCUCACGCCGACUUGGAACGUGCGUUACUGGAUGUCCACGCCGACAUGCGCCUCCUCGAGGAGCUCAUUCAGCAGCAACAGCCAUUGCUGCAGAGCUCGGCGACCCACGGGUCGUGUCCGGAAGAGCAGCAACAGUGGCUUCGUGCCAGCGCCUUCGACCUUUUUAGCCAGCAUGUCGCCUUCGCUGAGGCGUUGGGUCUGCAUGCGGAGGCCGAGGUUGCGUUGCAGCGACAGCUGGAUGUGUGUGCGGCAGUCGCGCCCAACAGCGACCUGCAUCUGUACCUGGCGGUCAAGGUGUGGAGGCGGAGGCGGGAGCAGCAAGCAGGGAACGAGGGGGAGGACAGCGAGCAGGCGAGAGUGGAGGCGGCUCGUUGCGCGGGAGUGGUACGGG